AGAAAGACAUUGUUUCUGACCGAGCUAACCUAAACCAAGCACAUAUCCUGCGAGUUUAGCCCUUCACCCCCGCAUCCAGCUGUCGAGCCGCAUGUGUCCAGAAAAUCACAUUUGCGCAUUUCGACGUCUUCUCGCACCAUCCCCCCAGUGUCUCGUUCGAGAGCUGGCCAUCCACCCCUCCAGUGUUCAACGUGGCUGCCAUAGCGUAUCACCCCGCCACCGUCGCACACCCACAAUGCCUGCAGUCGACGUCCAUGGCGCCUGACGCUGGAUCAACUCCCCUCCCUCCCGACCAACCACCCCGUUCCAAGGGGCACGACAAUCCCUGCUUGGAUCGGGUUGCUGAGCCGCAAACAGUGGUGGUGGUCGGUCGGAAGCUUUCAUCCUGUCCCCCUUGUCUUGCAAGUUCGGUCUCACUGAGUUCUGGCACGAGCCCCAUCAAGAAACCGGUGCACGCUAGCUCCUGACCUCCGCUCCAAGCUUAGUACGACUUCCGUGCGUACCUCGACGUUCAAGCAGUGCCCGCGGUUUAGUAAGUCCAGAAAGCGAUAGCUUCGAUAGUUGAAAUGGGUUUCAUACGCUCUCCUCGAAUCGCCCUCGCAUUUCUCGCGUUCGGUCUGCUCGUCGCGGCGGCGCAGUCCGUGACGCGCUACGAGCAGGCGCUGAAGGAAACCCGCGAGUUGAGCGCCGACUUGAAAGCGAUCUGGCAAGCGGCGAGGCUCAGAGACGUGGCGCCGCCCGACGCCGAUGUAGACGAUGGCGACGCGGACGACACCCGGCGACAGCUGAAAGACGCGCGCAAGUCGCUGGGGCUGACCCCGCCGCCGCUGAACUCGGGCCCGAGCAUGGCGGACGUGAACGGCACGUUCUUCCGCUUCGAAUCCGUGACGGCCAGCGCCGUGGUGGACUGGCGGCAGACCAUGUUCAUCUCGCCCAUCCAACGCCAGUUCCUGUGCGCGAGCUGUUGGGCGAUCGCAGCCGUCGAUUCCAUCUCCAUGAUGUGGGCCAUCACCACCAGCUCGCUGCCAGCCGUUCUCUCCCCGCAGCAGGUGUGCGACUGCGGCACGAAGCAGUGCUGCCAGGGCGGCUGGCCCGACUGGGCCUUCUCCUACGUGCUCUUCAACGGCGGCAUCACGGCAGUGGACAGCUAUCCCUACCUGGCCAGCGACAGCGCCGUGUGCCUCGCCAACUCGUCCACGCCCACCACCGCGCAGAUCACGGGGUGGGAGCUGGUGCCGCCGUACAGCGCCGUGGCGCUGAUGAAGGCCGUCAGCAUGCAGCCCGUCGUGGCGUUCCUCAGCGGGUCGGCGCAGGACUUCCAGCGCUACAACUCGCGCGGGCAGCUCAAGAUCUACGACGGGCUGUGCUCCACCGACAUCAACCACGUCGUGGUCGUCGUGGGCUACAACUACACCGGCCAGAGCCUCGCAGGCAGCUACUGGAUUUUGAAAAAUUCGUGGUUCAGCACGUGGGGCGACGGUGGCUACAUGUACCUCGCCAUGUCUCCUGACGUGCGCGGGAAGUGCGGCAUCCAUGCCAUCCCCGCCAUGUACCCGGUGUUCUACCCCAGCGGGCCGCAGCCCGUGCGCGUGUCCAACGGCCCCAUCACGCGUGCCGACGACGGCAACGACGGCCGCUGGUGGACCAAAGCCUACCCCGCGCUGGCCGACGCGUGCAGCGGCAUCAACCCGUGUGGCUCGGGGCGGUGCUACACGCGCGCGGGCAUGGCGCGGUGCGACUGCAGCGCACUGGUGGGCAUGGUGGAGGUGCAGGGCGUGCCCACCAGCAAGUGCGUGCCCAAGAACCCCUGCAGCACCCGCGGCCCUUACAACCCCUGUGGCAGUGGCACGUGUGUCAACCCCGGCGACGGCUCCUACACCUGCCAGUGCCCCGCUGGCUACGCCAUAGGAGCGGCGUCGGACGGCACGCAGACGUGUGUGGGCGUGGCCAGCACCACCACCACGGCCGUCGCCUACCCCACUGUCCCCGGCGACUCUUGCUCCUCCGUGGCCGCCGCCUUCGGCCUCACCACGGCCGCGCUGGCCGCGCUGAACCCGUUCCUCAACUGCUCGCUGGCCUUCAUCCCGCCCGCCUUCAUCCUCUCCGUCGCCAACGCCUCCUCCCUUGCCUCGCUCUCCACACCGCUCUGCACCGCCACGUACUCCGUGCAGCCCAGCGACACGUGCUCGUCGCUUGCCGCCACCUUCUUCGCCGGCAGCCUGUCCGCGCUGCGUGCCGCCAACCCUCUGACGUGCACCACGGCGCGCUUCUACGUGCUGCCCGCGCAGACCAUCUGCACCGCACUUGCCUCCGCCUCCUCGCCCUCGCCCGCCGUCCCGCAGUGCGGGCAGACGUACGUGGCGGUGGCGGGCGACACGUGCUCCUCUGUGGCCACCAAGUUCGCCGUGAGCCUGAGCGCCUUCGCCGCGCUCAAUGCUGGGCUCAGCUGCUGGGGCGCGCUGCCCGUGGGGUCGUACGUGUGCGUGGCGCCCAAGAGCGCGCAGACGGUGGUGAACUGCACGGCGUGGUACACGGUGCUGCAGGGCGACAACUGCCCCAACAUCUGGAACGCCGCCAACCUCACCGAGGCCACCUUCCUCGCCAUCAACCCCGGCAUCAGGUGCCAGGCGCCGUACCUCCUGGUGGGCCAGAAGGUCUGCAUCAACUCGCCCCUCCUCGCGACGCUCCUCACCGCAUCCAACACCUCGUACUCGCUCUACACCGUGCAGCCCGGCGACUCGCUGGCGCUCAUCUCGUCCAAGUUCGUCACGCGCUGCACGGCCUCCUCCGUCGCCCCCGCCUCCAUCGCCGCCGCCAACAACAUUCUCGAGACGGCGCCUCUCACGGCGGGCGCGUCGCUCAUCAUCCCGUGCGACACACGCGUCGGCAUUCUCGACUGCGGGUGCGCGGCGUCGCUGCCGGUGUGCGGCGCGGACUAUGUGACGUACCCGUCGUACUGCGACGCGCUGUGCAACUACGCGCUGCCCGUCAUCCAGAGCGACGUGUGCUCCGGCUGCAACGCCGCCUGCACCGGCCGCACCGGGCUCGCCCCCGCCGCGGGGUACAACUGCACGCUGGCCGUGUGCCCGUACCCGCUGUGGCAGCCGCUCGACAGCGACUGCACCGUGCUGCAGGGCGACGCGGCGGGGCGCUGCUGCGCCGUGGAGCAGACGGUGUGCGACAACGUGUGCACGGCGACAAAGAACACGCUGGGCGGCACGUCGACACAGAUGCAGACGAACUACAACUCGUGCUACAGCCAGUGCAUGUGCUGCUCGCGUGUGCCGUGCGCGACGAGCACGUGCUCCGCGCCGUCGAGCUGCUGGAGCGCGAGUCCACGCAAGUGCAUCUACAGCAACUACAAGUACACGUGGAACUGCACCUGGUUCCCGCCCGCUAGCCCGCUGCCGUAGUAGGCCCACGUCUCUAGACUCAGGAGCUCCUCGUGGCCACGAAGCGGCUGCCCAGUCGGGGACGAGCAGCUCGUCAGGCGAUUGCGGGAAGCCGUGCUGCGGGAGCCAUGGCUGCUGGGGCUGCUGGCUUUUCCCGAUACAGCUGAACUGGCUGCAGGAGACCAAAACUGACCAUUCCCCUUGUGUACACAUUCUUUUGUUAAU